AUGGUUGUAAUUAGCUCAACGAAAAACUUAUUCAGAAAAAUGUCUACCAACGCUGCUGGUGCCCUUCCCAGUGUUCAGAAAGCUGUGUUCUUUACCGAGAAUGGAGGACUCGAUGUGCUCAAAUAUGAGGACUUUCCAGUCCCAAAAAUCGGUGACAACGAUGUACUGGUCAAGAAUAGGUUUGCCGGAGUAAACUUCAUCGAAUCGUACUUCCGUGAAGGUAUAUACCCUACUGAAAAACCAUAUGUGCUAGGAUCAGAAGCAUCAGGUGUUGUAGCGGCAGUGGGUAAAAAUGUAAAAGGGCUUGAGGUAAAUGAUAAAAUAGCCUAUUUAACUAGAGGAGCACUGGCGCAGUAUACCAAGGUUGCGGAUACCAGUCCAUUGGUGAAAUUGCCAGCAUCAUCGACGGAUGAACAGCUCAAACAGUACGCCGCGUCGCUGGUGUCUCUCCUAACAGCAUUGACAUUCACCAAAGAGAGUUAUAGUAUUCAGAAGGGCGACUUUGCGCUUUUGUACGCCGCUGCUGGCAGCGCCGGGAUUGCGUUCAACCAAACUUUGAAAAAAGCUGGAGCCCGCGUUAUCGCCGUAGCGUCCACGGAUGAAAAGUUGAAAAUUGCUCAAAAAUAUGGAGCCGAGUUUCUGAUCAACAGCUCAAAGGAAGACAUUUUGAAACGGGUACUGGAGAUCACCAAUGGCGAAGGCGUAAGUGUCGCAUACGACUCGGUUGGUAAAGACACAUUCGAAACCACUUUGGCGGCUUUAAAACGCAAGGGAACGUUUGUGAGUUACGGAAAUGCUUCAGGGCCUGUAGUGCCAUUCGCCUUGUCUCGGUUAACACCUAAAAACGUGAAAUUGUUAAGACCCUCUUUGUUUGGAUACUUGGGCUCAAAAGAGGAACGGGAUUACUACUUUCAAGAGUUUGUGACUGGAUUAGAAUCGAACUCACUCAAGAUUCCUAUUAACAAGACCUACCCACUAAGCGAAUACAAGCAGGCCACGAGUGAGCUGGAGGCCAGAAAGACUACUGGCAAAUCGGUGGUAGAGAUUUGA